CAGCAACAAGCGCAGCUUGCAGCUUGUCGCUUUACGUCGCGGUCCGCGUUUUAGUUUCAGUCAGUCACCGACAGCCAUCAAUUGAGAGAGGACGUGCAAACUUUCGCUCGCGCCUCCGUUACAUGUGCACAACGUAACGCGUUUACAUAACAACCAUCCCAGACACCCACGACGCAGGGCCGACCACGAUCUAAACGGGCGUCAAUCCGAUUUUAUAACCUCGAAAGCGCGAAGGGCCACAUCAGUUACAUAACCAGCUGACUCGAAAAGUGUUUGAAAAAAUUGUUACAUUGCAAUAUAAUUGUUGCGCAAGUGAGUUCCAAAUCGAUAUAUACAUAAUACAUAUAUACGAAACUAACCUCUACUAUGGACUAAUUACACAAUGCAGCAAAGUGAAUUUGCCAGGGAGCGCUUCUUGAAGAAGUAUCCUGAUCUGUUGACAUCUUUAAGCAGUUACGGCAGAUCGAAAUUAAAGAGCGAAGGUAGAAUACUUCGUAGAGAUACAGAACGAAUCAAGAAAAUACGAAAAUUUCGUAGGAACUUUAAAUUAAGGCAGUUCGGUCACGCAUUUUUCCAAGCAAUGGACCAGAAACCCUUACUGUUUAUAUGCCCUCUUUGCAGAAACAUCUUAAGCACUCCCGUUACAGUUGAAUGUGGACAUACUUUUUGCAACGACUGCCUAUUUUCAGUAGAAAACAAUAUGUUUUAUCAAAAGUGCGUAGUGUGUUGUACGGAUUUGAACCCCCAAAAACACUGUGUCAAUGUUUUGGUUCAACAGUUACUGGAGAAAUGGAGGGAGCGUAACAAAUCUACCGAUAUAGAUAUGUCAGUUCCUAAAACAGAAGAUAUCCUGGGAGUUGAACCUAGAUACCAUUUAAGAUCCGGAUACGCGGGAUUACACAUUAAAAAUGAUAAUGAAGAUAGGAUUACAGAUUAUUUUCAAGAAACCACCGAAAAAUUGUCGAGGUAUAAAAAUGAAAAAAGGAAACAAAAAACUACGAACAUCUGCAAUAAUUCCUUCAAAAAUUUUUGGCUGGACGGCAACCUAGAUAACUACAAGCAUUUUCAAGAAACUUUGGAGAACGUUUUUAGAGAGGUCGACGAUAUAAAAGAAGACGCUCUAAAAAUCAGUUGGAACUGCAUAACAAUAUCAGACCUGGAAUGCAUCCUAUGCAGCAGGUGCCUUUUGGACCCCGUUACCACGGGCUGCGGUCACACGUUCUGCAGAGGAUGUCUCACCAGGGUUUUAGACCACGGCCUCUCUUGUCCCCUGUGUAUGGCCUCCCUGAGCAUAGCAGAUUAUUCCAGGGGAUCCACAGAUAUCCUCCAGGACGCGAUACGAUUUUUGGUACCACAAGAUUACAACGAGAGGAUGUCUAUCAGUAUAAAGGAGAGUUUGAUAUUGGAGAAGAGUUCUGAUAUUCCUGUAUUCAUAUGUACGAACGCUUUCCCUGGUGUUGCCUGUCCUUUGUACGUUUACGAACCCAGAUACCGACUCUUAGCUCGUAGAUGUCUCCAAUCGCCUAACAAAAGAUUCGCAAUGGCGGGCAAAGACUCCAGUGGGGAAAAAUUCGUCCAGUACGGCACUGUACUAGAAGUAAAAGACGCUGUCAACUUGGAAGACGGCAGAUUUAUACUCACCACAGCGGGAGUGAGGCGAUUCAAAGUGAUCAGCAGAAGCGAACAGGACGGCUACGAUACUGCGAAAAUAAAUUAUAUCAAAGACAACGACGUUCCUACGGAGAAGAUGCAAGAAUUGGUCCAAAUUCACGAGAGAGUGUACAAUAAGGCUUCCAAAUGGAUAAGGUCGCUCAAGCCGAGGGUGUUGGCUGAGGUGGAGAGGUUGAUCGGGAAGAUGCCCAAAGUAGAGCGGGAUUGGAUCAAUUUGCCGGACGGUCCUUCGUGGGCCUGGUGGUUGAUGCCCAUUUUGCCGCUAAGCUCUCAGUUACAAAUCGGUUUCCUAAGCACGACCAGUUUGGAAAAACGAUUGCGGGCCAUCGAUAAAAUGCUGGAACACAUGAAAAUCCGCAUGAAAGCUCUGGAACGGAACACAGUUAACUGUUCCCAAGAAACCGACCCGUUGGAUACGUGCGGUGAUCCAGAAAGACCAUUCGAUUUGCCAUAUAACAAUAAUUAAUUUAUUUCUCCUAUUUAUUAAGCGAAAUUUGUAUUUUUUCGUACCGCCAGGACAUCCAAGGAUCGUUUGAAUUUGACCAACGAACGGAUUUAAGGAAGAAAAGAAUGGGGAUUAAAAGAAGGCUUUUAUCAAAAAUAUACAUUUCAAAACGUAAAAUUAUCAUUAAUCGAUUAGAAUUUGAUUAUCUAUUUUUUUAUUAUCUUGUUUUUAUUCUUGUAAUGGUUUCCAUAAAUUAUCCCCAUUUAUUUUUUAUAUGAAACAGGGUGAAAAAAAUUGAUUUGAUGUGAAAUUUGAUCCAGAAAUUACUCAAACAGGUUGUACGUCCCUGAUAUAUGAAAAAAUCUUCUUUCAUUUAAAAAAUAAACAAAAACAAAAUAUUUAUUGAACAAUACACUCACAUUCUAUCGUAAUAUUCUAUGAACAUUUUUGAAAUUUUUCCGAUUUUUGCUAGCACACUGUUUUGGCAAAUAUUUAAAAUCAAAAAUCGUCACCGUGAUCGAUAAAAAAAACAUUUAUUAAAAAUUGAUUUGGAUUUCUGGUUGAGAUUGGCACACAUUGUUUCAGUUUACUUAGAUUUCUAAAAUAAAUUAAAGAAGGGGUACCACCUUGAACAAUAGUUAACAGAGGCAUCCAAAAGUGUUACCACCUUAAAACAUUGGUUGAUGAUCCCGAAGAGAAUGCAACCCUUUAUGCAGUAGUAGUGAUGUCCUGGUAACCUUUACUGUGAUAUACAAUAAGUACUACAAAUUAUUCUAUAAAUUUGAAGUAUUACCUUUGGCAACAUUGACUGUUUUUAUUGGCAGAUAUUGUUACUGCGUGCAGUGUCGCAAAUGAACUGUACAUAUAUUUUUUAAAUGUUCAAAUUAUUUUAGUGCUGAUUUCUCAGAAAUCUAAAUCCAAACAUAAAAUAAAUACAAUGAGAAAUUAAAUUUAAAAAAAGAAACUAAAAAACGUCCAGUAUUCUCUGAGCUUUCUAUUUGUAGUGUAUUGUUUUCAGCAUUCAAAAUACCCAAUUUUUCAAAACAUACUUUGCCAUUUUUUCUCAACUACCUACUACUUAUGAUGCGAAAAAACCUUAGAGUAAAACUCAUUCUCUCCUCCCACCUCCAUCUUCCCCCCUUUUCCAAUAUAUCGUACAAUCAUUUUUAUCUAGAACAUUUUUGACUAUAUAUACUGUAGUUGGAUAGUAUUCAGAUUCUAUUAAGUGACCUACUAUUCGAAAUUCUGGAUUAUUUUUAAACGGGUCCGGUCUGAGCAUAAAUUUAACGCUGUGUUUUCGAUAAAAAAAUCAAAAUAAGAAUUUUUGACGCGAGGACCCGCACUAAUAGACUCGCUAAUAGUGCGGCGGCUUCAGGUACUCUUACGAUAUUUUUAUUUUGAUGCAAGCGCCUUUACUAAUAAACGCGCUUAUAGUGCGGCGGCUUGUAUGGGUUUUUAUCGAAAUUACGGCAUGAAAGGUGUAUAAAUCAAUUUAUUAUUAUAUUCUAGAAGCUAGAAGCAAAAAAAUGGAAAGAACAUAUUAUUUUAGGC